GGACACCUGGGUUUUGGAGUGGGCUUGCUGGAGGAGCAGCGGCUGGUUACAUGGCUGGAAAUCGAAACAAUCGGCGGGACGACAGAAACGCUUCACGGGGAUGGGGUGCUGGGCCGUCGAGCUCACAGUCUUUCUCUUCCGGCUCUGGCGCAAGUUCUAGCUCCUCUCGUCACGAGAGCACAGGCUUCGGCUCAACAAGUCGUAGAUAGCCAUCUAUUUGUUUUUCUUUUCAGUACUAUGUAGGUAUAUGCGUGUGCUACGGAAUACAAAGCACCAGGACAUAGCAAGCACAAAAUAAGCAAAGCAUAUCAAGCAAUGGGUCAGAAACUGCGCCAAACUUGCGGCUUCUCUCUUAUCCAACCCAGCUCCAUCCUCGUAGACCCAUUGGGCAGCGACCUAAUAUCUGCCCAUCAUCCUUUACACUUAAUGUACAAGGUUGGAAGCACCCCCUCAUAUCGUCCCUUGCUCGUAAACGUACACUGGUACUACAUUUGUCCAACACGCCGACCCCUAUACCCUUUUUUCGAAAAAUUUGCAAACACAAAAAUGGCACAUAGUUGGUAGAUGCCAUAUAACUUCCGCUGCGGAUCCGUCCGCUAGCAACUCCCCACCCCCCCUUUGCGCCUGUAACACAUUUGG